AUGGCCCAGAUAGCAACAGGAGUACAGAUGCCUAAAGAUUGCGUGCAAAGAAUCAUCAAGGUAGGAAAGAUAAGCCUACCAUCUGUCCUAACUAGAAGAAUGGAAAUAGAUGCCAAUGCUGCCAUAAUGACUGAAGAAGAUUGGAGAUUGCCUAUAAUCAAUUAUCUGCAGUAUCCAACCCUUCCCUCUUAA